GCCCUCUUAGUCGCACGUCCGCACAAAGCAUCCCAACCACGUCUGCAUCAGGCGAUCCAGUAAAUCUUCGAUGUCAACUUUGCAGCAUUUCGGCAAAGGCGUGGUCCGCGUAGCCAAAAACUACACAAAAGGCUAUUCAGACGUGCAAGCCAAAGUUCGCGAUGCAACCUCCAACGAUCCAUGGGGACCCAGCGGCACGCAAAUGAACGAGCUGGCGCAGCUAACCUACAAUCAGAACGACUUUGUUGAGAUUAUGGAAAUGCUAGACAAGCGGCUGAACGACAAGGGCAAGAAUUGGCGACACGUCUUCAAGUCGCUAACCGUCCUGGACUAUCUGCUGCACGCCGGCUCCGAGAACGUUGUUAUCUACUUCCGCGACAACCUCUACCUCAUCAAGACUCUCAAAGAGUUCCAGUUUAUCGACGAAAUUGGCAAGGAUCAGGGCGCGAACGUCCGCCAGAAGGCAAAAGACAUCACCAAUCUCCUCAUGGACGAGGCAAGGCUGCGGCAGGAGCGCCGCAGUCGGGCAAACAUGCGCGAUCGUAUGACUAGUGGGUCUCGGCGGAGCACGGACUUUGAGGAAGGGGAUAAUGAGAACGACAGGCGGAGGAGUCAGAGUGCGCCCCCACGGAAAGGCAAUCCCAGAGAGGAUGACGAUCUGCGAAAGGCGAUCGAGGAGAGCAAGCGUAGUCUCGUAGAGGAGCAAGCACGUAAGGGUACACUGACAGCGGAAGAGCGGGACCUUCUCCAUGCUAUCAAGUUGAGUGAGGAGGAGGAGCGCAAGCGGAAUGAGGCGGUCGAUAAGGCUAAUGAGCGCGCACUGUUUGACGAGAAUAACCAGCUGAUUAACAUGACACCGACGUCGAUAAAUCCUUUCCCCCUGGUUGACACUGGCCUGCAAGCGCAAAAUACCUCCGCAUUCAUGCAACCACAGUUCACUGCGGUGCCUACGCAGUACACGUCAUUCAACCCGUACCAACAACAGGCUCAACAAGAAGCACUGCAGGCGGAAUAUCAGCGUCAGCAACAGGAAUGGAUGCUCCAGCAACAGCAGCAACAGCAGCAACAACACCUCUUGGCUCAGCAACAGCAGCAGCAGCAGCAUCAGCAACAGGAGGAGUGGUACCGCCAGCAGCAGCUUCUCCAGUUCCAGCAACAGCAGCAACAGCAGCAACCAUUGGUGCCCGGUAUCACAGGCUUCGGGACCAACAACCCCUUCGCUCCCGCAACCUCGCCACCACCCAUGUCUUCAGCCUCGCCACCUUUGUCUGCUCCCCAGCCCUCAGUGCAAUUCAACCUGGGCGGAACCUAUUCGAAUGGCACCCCGCCUUCAUUCUCAUCGUCGGUCUCACCACAGCCACCGCAGCCGCAGCAAAGCUUGUCUGCCCCUCCGUCCGCUGCACCCGGCUCGCGCGGACCGAGCAGAACGGAUCAAGAGCAUUCGCAGCUUGCGAAUCUGUUUGCGCAGCGAACGGACGACGGCGUGGACUCGUUCGGAAACGUCGGCCCACUGCGUUUCGGUGGGCAGGCAGGCCAGGUUACCGGCCAGCCAACGGGUGCGAACCACAACCCAUUCUAUCAACAGCAGCAGCAGCAACAGCAGCAACAGUACGGGGCGCAGAACAGCGACCAGCCGUUCUUCUCUGUUUGAGUGUGUCGUGCUUUCUGCUCUCGGUCCUGCAUCUGCUUUCUUUGCCUCGGACCUAAUUUUCCUCUUGUUUACGUCACUUGUUCCCUUACCCCUGCCCCAACUACCUACGUUUUAUUCCGAGACGACAAGCCACUCACGCUCGUUCAAUUUUCACGACUAUUACAUCACCCGCCUAUCUUUCGCCAUCCAGUAAUGGAAACCGUCGUUCCGUGUAUACUAGUCCCCUAAGUUACGCAGCCUCUUUGACUCACGCUUUGGCCUUACCUGAACUUUAUACUUUACUUCUGCAACGCAUGCCGCGAGAUUAUCGGGCUGCGCCUUUUCCAGUCGGAUAGGUACUUAUACUUACAGUGUUACAAGCCAGAA